AUGAAGACUUUUUUCUGCUUACUAUAUCUCUCGUUUUGGUUUCUGCCGUUAACAAUCGAUUCAUUUCGUUUGAUAGCUGUUGGUCAUCGUCAAUCAAUUGAAGCAUCUGUGAACUAUACGACAUGGUUUAACCAGUUCAAUCGUACUGAUUUAUAUGAAUUACGAUCGCAUGAACCAACACUCAUUGUUUUUGGUGAACUCACUGGGCUCACAUCAGCCUUUAUUGGAACACGUGGUCAAAUUGCUCGAAUACAAAUUGGAACAGUUCAAAAUGCAUUCGCGUUGAUGAUGAAAUCCUACGAGAAACAAAUUACAUCUUACUUGAAUAAGUAUCCGACGAUUUCCAUCACCAAUGCUUUUGAACUAUCGUUGAGCGAUGUCAUGUGGAGAGCGUUUAACCAAACGUUUUCAUCAUUGGCUCGGUUACUAAAUGCUACCAUUAUUUCAGCUACAUUUGGUCCGCGAAUUAUUCGAUCUACAGAUCCAGAAGAUAUUGAAUUAUAUGGUGAUCCAGACCUUUAUCCUAACCAAACAGAAGUUUAUCUACCAUUAACAAAAGAAAUUUAUAAUACGGCUCAUGUAUAUGCACCAAAUGGCAGUCUGAUUGCUAGCCGUGAUAAGUGUCAUCUGACUCCAGCAGAGAUUGAGUUGUUACAGUUUACUCCAGGAGAACUCGAAAAUAAUACGGUCAUAAAACCAAAUAAUUGGUGUAUAGCCAUCUGUCUAGAUGCUUUUUAUUUGGAUGUUUUGUUACAUCUUGAUUCUCAGAAUUGUACUAUGCUCAUUCAACCAUCAUUUAAUGAUCAAAUGUGGGCAGCAAAUUUAUCUUCUCAGUCUCCGAUCUGGGUACCACUUGAUUGGACAAAUGGUCCGUUGGCUCUAUUCGACAAGACACAAAAUAUCCAAUUUUCAAUAAAUCCAAUGGUUACUGGAAACUUAUUCAGUGAUAUGAUUGUUGAUGGGCAAUCCACAAUAAAUCAGCGUCUACCGCGAGAAAUAAUAGAACUGAACAAACAGGAUAAAUUGUAUAUUGGUUUGGAUCCUGUCGAUAUGCAGAAUAUUACUAGGUUUCAAACGUUGGUACUGGCUAGAUGGGCACGAGAUGAUCCGAGAGGGAAAAAUUGGACAAAACAAGAAAGACGGAAGCUAUUAUAUCAAUAUGCUUUGGAAUUGGCUCCUAAUUCAAAAUCAAUAAAUGAAAAUAAAUAUGCUGACACUGUUAUAUGGGCCGAUGUGACGUUGUAG